AUGGUGGAGGGAUACGAAACAGACAAGAACAUUGAGAUAUGGAAGGUCAAGAAGCUGAUCAAGGCGCUGGACGCCGCAAGGGGCAACGGGACGAGCAUGAUCUCCCUCAUCAUGCCGCCUCGCGAUCAGGUCUCCCGGGUCUCCAAGAUGCUGGGCGAUGAGUACGGGACUGCCUCCAACAUCAAGAGCAGGGUCAACCGCCAGUCCGUGCUGGCUGCCAUAACCUCUGCCCAGCAGAGGCUGAAGCUGUAUAAUCGAGUUCCCUCGAACGGGCUGGUGCUCUACACCGGCACCGUCGUCACCGACGACGGCAAGGAGAAGAAGGUCACCUUCGACUUCGAGCCGUUCAGACCCAUAAAUGCCUCGCUGUACCUCUGCGACAACAAGUUCCACACCGAGGCGCUGAAUGAGCUCCUCGAGUCCGACGACAAGUUUGGUUUCAUCAUCAUGGAUGGCAAUGGGACGCUCUACGGGACGCUGAGUGGCAACAGUAGGGAGAUUGUUUACAAGUUCAGUGUUGAUCUCCCUAAGAAGCACGGAAGAGGAGGGCAGUCAGCUCUCCGUUUCGCCCGGCUGCGCAUGGAGAAGAGGCACAACUACCUGCGCAAAGCGGCUGAGCUUGCCACGCAGUUCUUCAUCAACCCUGCCACCAACCAGCCGAACGUUGUUGGGCUCAUCCUGGCUGGCUCUGCCGAUUUCAAGACUGAGCUGGGCAAAUCUGAGAUGUUUGAUCAACGCCUGCAAGCCAAGAUACUCAAAUCGGUCGAUGUGUCGUACGGAGGGGAGAGCGGCUUCAACCAGGCCAUCGAGAUGUCUGUGGAGGUCCUGUCUGACGUCAAGUUUGUUCAAGAGAAGAAGCUCCUUGGGAAGUACUUUGAGGAGAUAAGCCAAGACACCGGGAAGUAUGUCCUUGGUGUGCAGGACACCAUGUCCGCCCUCGAGAUGGGCGCGGUCGACACGCUGAUCGUGUGGGAGAAUCUCGAUGUGAGGCGCUACGAGCUGAAGAAUUCUGUGACGGGAGAAACUGUGAUCAAGUACCUUAACGGCGACCAGGAGGCAGAUCAGGGCAACUUCAUAGACGAUGUAUCGUCUGGUGAGCUGGAUGUGGUUGACAGGACGCUGCUGCUGGAGUGGUUUGCUGAAAACUACCAGCAGUACGGUUGCAGGCUGGAGUUCGUCACCAACAGGUCGCAGGAAGGAUCGCAGUUCUGCAGGGGCUUUGGCGGGAUCGGUGGGAUCCUCCGCUACCCGGCCGACAUCGCUGCCUAUGAUGAUGACGACAUGCUGGACGACGACGUCUACGAAGACUUUGAAUAGCAAUCAACUGAAGCCCAACUGAAUUCGGUCCGGGAGGAGCCUGUGCUGGCCCGGACCACGCCGGAACGAGACCCUGACAAAUCCAAACGAUCGGUGCAAGGAGCA